AUGACUACUGCUCAUCGUCCAACUUUCUAUCCAGCCCGAGGUGGUACAGCUCGUGGCGAGGGAGAUCUCUCAAAAUUGUCCGCUCAGUACUCGUCAAAAGAUAUGCCUUCACACACGAAAAUGAAGUAUCGUCAGACAGGUCAAGCUACUGAGGAAGAACUUCGCAGAAAGGAUUUCCGUCGUGAGCUUGAGGAAAAAGAAAAGAAUGCUGAACGCGAACGUCGCUCUCGUAAUUCCACCAAUGGUGGAUCUUCCAGCAAACGACCAAGAAUGGACGAAAUCGCAGAAAGUGCUGCGGUUGAUGCAGAUGAGGCCGUCGACGAAAUCAAUUCUUCGGACGACGAUUCAGAUGAUGAUGAUACUGCAGCUCUGAUGGCAGAACUCGAAAAAAUCAAAAAGGAGCGAGCGGAAGAAAAAGCGAAAAAAGAGGCAAAGGAGAAAGAGGAAGAGGAAAAAACUCGUAUGGCCAAUAUUCUUGCUGGUAAUCCGCUUUUAAACGACGGCUCAACUGGACAAUCAACAUCAAAGGGAGAUUUCACAGUAAAGAGGCGCUGGGAUGACGACGUAGUAUUUAAAAAUUGUGCAAAAGGAAUCGAAGAGCGCAAAAAAGAUGUGUCUUUCAUCAACGACGCAAUUCGAUCGGAGUUCCACAAAAAAUUCAUGGAUAAAUAUAUCAAAUAA